AUGGAGUCAUAUUUUGCUGGUUUCAAGCACAUGCAGCAGGACUAUGAAGUCACUCUUGAACUUGCAAGCGAAGAGACUCAAAAAACGAAAAAUGCGCUAAAUUCUAGGACAGGGUCUUACGGUGUCAGCAUUAGAGUCCAAGGAAUCGAUGGACAUCCUUACAUAGUACUGAACAAUACAGAAGGAUGUUUGCCAGAAAAUCCUCCUCCUCCUGGAAAAGAGCAGCAGGUCAUUCCUCAGACUGUACACAAGCCAGCUGUGGACUCCAAUACUGCUUUUAAAUUGGAGGACAAAACCAGUGAACAUACAAAAUUUGCUGGAACACAGCACGUGCAACCCUCUAUGCCUAAAAAACUGCAGAUAACCAAUGUCCAUGAAAAGGAAAGUGGAAUGCCAGAUUUUAAAGAUGAAACUAUGAAAUCCUCAAAUUUGUUGAAUUUUCAAAGACAUCCUGAACUUUUGCAGCCAUAUGAUCCUGAAAAAAAUAAUUUGAACUUGGAUAAUUACCAGUCUUCUGUAUGCAGUAAAUCUAAGUCUUUUGCAGAUGAAAAAACUGAAGCAAAGCCUUGGAUUUCCUCAUCUAAAGUAGUGUCUCUACAAAAAACAAAUACAUAUCUUGCUGAGUCAACCAAAGCAAAUUCAAAAAAAAUGCAUCUCAACAGGUCAGUAGAAGAUCCAAGUAAGCAGCUGCAGGAUUGUCCCAGUAGCACGCUCAGCCCCAGUGACGUGUGUGUUUCAGAGACAUUUUCACCUGCAGGAGGAUCCCCCUGUGUUAGUCCCAAUGCUUAUCCCGAGACAAGGAAACCACGGCCAGAUGUUCUUCCCUUCCGCAGGCAAGAUUCCACUGGGCCAGUACUGACUGACUCCCGAAGAUCCUCGUCCUCAUCAGCCACUCCUACUUCUGCCAAUUCCUUGUACAGAUUUUUGCUGGAUGACCAAGAGUACGCCAUCUACGCGGACAACGUGAACCGCCACGAAAACAGGAGAUACAUUCCAUUCUUGCCGGGAACUGGUCGUGAUAUUGACACUGGUUCCCUUCCAGGAGUAGAUCAGCUAAUUGAAAAGUUUGAUAAGAGAGUUGAUGCUCACAGAAGAGGCAGGUCAGGAAAAAGGAACAGAAUUCAUCCAGAUGACCGUAAAAGAUCAAGAAGCGUUGAUAGUGCCUUGUCAUUAGGAGUUGAUGUAAAUUCAGAUUAUUUAGGUGAAUUCAGUAAAAGCUUGGGUAAGUCAGCGGAGCACUUGCUGAGACCGUCUAAAGUUUGCCUUCACAAGCAGUUAUCCAGAGAUCAAAAGUCACCUUCCAAAGAGACAAAGAUUUCUGCUCGAAGUAUUGGAAAACUGCAAAUGCCCAAUAAAGACGCCCAGAGCAGCAGUUUCAGCUCUUUGCAACACCAUAAACAGAAUGGAACAGAUACAGAGAGCUUGGUGGGUAGAUCAGCUACACUCCCAGGACAGAGUAAGAGAGAGGAAGUUAAAACAGUAACUUCUACUUUGUUGUUGCCAAACCGAAUUGCAAUUACACCUGAAUCAGGAGCCAAGAAGAUUUCUGUAAAAACAUGUUCAUCUGUCCCUAAUAUACAGGCAACUCCUGAUCUCCUAAAGGGCCAGCAAGAUCUUGCACAGCAAACAAAUGAAGAGACUGCUAAGCAGAUUCUUUACAAUUACCUUAAGGAAGGAAGUCCUGAUAAUGACGAUGCAACAAAGAGGAAAGUGAACUUGGUUUUUGAGAAAAUUCAGACUUUAAAGUCAAGAGCUGCUGGAAAGACACAGGUAAAAAAUCAGGUUUCGGAUUCUUCGGCUGAAGUAAAGGUAUUGGUGGAACAAAAAGCAGAACUUGAAAGGAAAGUGGAAGAGUUAGAGAAAAAACUGGAACUGGAAAUUAGGAAUCAGCAAAAUUCCAAAGAAGAGAGAGAUGCUACACGAGCAAGUCUGAAAGAUCUUCAGUUGCAGCUUGAUCAAAGUAUAUGUGAAAAGGAAGCCUUAAAAAAGCAGCUGGAAGAAAAUGAGAAGGAACUCAGGCAAAACCUGGAGGAGCUUUUUCAAGUGAAGAUGGAGCAGGAAAAACACCAGACUGAGAUCAGAGAUCUUCAAGACCAACUCUCUGAGAUGCACGAUGAACUGGAUAAUGCCAAACACACCGAUGAAGGGGAGAAAGAGAUUCUGAUUGAGGAGCUGAUGCAAAUGAAGCAGGAUCUGCAAGAAGUAUUGAUAGCAAAAGAUCAACAAGAAGAGAUUUUGAGAAAGAGAGAGAGGGAGCUCACAGCUUUGAAAGGAGCACUUAAAGAAGAGGUAUCCAGCCAUGACACAGAGAUGGACAAACUUAAAGAGCAGCACGAUAAAGAAUUGCUGGAUCUACGCCAGAGCCUGGAGAAAGCAACAGAGAGUGCUGCUGUCCUUGCAAGUGAAAAAAAUGCUGCACAAGAGGAGCGAAAUAGUGUAGAAAAUCAAGUCAAAGAGCUGAUCGAGGAAAAUAAACAAUUGAAGAGAACACUUGCUGAGCUAGAGAGGAAAAUUGAGGAGCUGCACAAACAAAUUGAUAAUAUGAAAGUAGAAGAAAAUUCAGUGAAGGAAAAAUUAAAGACCUGUGAGGAAGAGAAGCAACAAUUAGAAGAAGCUUUGAAACAUGCUGAAAAGGAGGGAAAAGAAUUGUUAGGGUUAAAAGCAGCUUUGGAAAGCCAGCUUGAAGAUUUGCAGGAGAACAUCCAUUGCAUUUCGCAGGAACGACAGCAGUUAAGUCAGCAAUUAAAAGAUGAAACUCAGCAGAAGGAGCAGUUAAAGCAGAUAAAGAAUGAAAUGGAGAAUGAAAGAUUGCAACUGAACAAGACUGUUGAGAAGUUACAGGAGGAGAUGUCUGAAAUGGUGGAGAUCUCAAGAACAUCAACUCUGGAACUUCAGAGCCAGCUUGAUGAAUACAAAGAGAAAAAUCGCAGGGAGUUUGUAGAUCUCCAGAGGCAAUUAAAGGAGAAAAACAUUGAGGUAGAAAAAUCACGCCUGAUGAACAUAAGAAUGCAAGAUGAGAUGCGUCUGAUGGAAGAGAACCUGAGGGACCACCAGAGAGCCCAGGAUGAGGCAAUAACAAAAACUCAGCUACUGGAACAGACUGUGAAGAGCUUGGAGUAUGAACUGGAAGCCAAAAACCACUUGAAAGAUGAUCGGGCAAGACAAAUCAAACUAAUGGAGGACAAGUUGUCUCACCUGGAACUUGAGCUUGAUGAAGAAAAGAAUAACUCGGAUUUGUUGUCUGAGAGGAUCAGCAGGUGCAGAGAACAGAUUGAACAAAUGAGGACAGAGCUACUUCAGGAAAGAGCUAUAAAGCAAGACUUGGAGUGUGACAAAAUUUCCUUGGAAAGACAGAACAAAGACUUGAAGAGCCGAAUCCUUCACCUGGAGGGUUCUUACCGAUCCAGCAAGGAGGGACUCGUUGCUCAGAUGGAGGCAAGGAUCACAGAGCUGGAAGAACGACUUGCAAAUGAAGAGAGGGAUAGAGUAAAUUUCCAGCUAAGUAACCGCAGACUUGAGAGAAAAGUGAAGGAGUUAAUGUUGCAAGUAGAUGAUGAACAUCUGUCAUUGACUGAUCAGAAGGACCAGUUGAGUUUGCGUUUGAAAGCAAUGAAACGUCAAGUUGAGGAAGCUGAAGAAGAAAUAGACAGACUGGAAAAUGCUAAAAAGAAACUUCAGAGAGAACUUGAAGAGCAACUAGACAUAAAUGAACAAUUGCAAGGACAGCUUAACACUGCAAAAAAAGAAUUAAGACUGAAGAAGUCACCAAGUAAAGUGUUGGCUGAUUCUGAUGAUGAUGACGACGAUGAAGAUGAUUUCAGCACGGAUGGUGAUAGUCUCUGUGAAGUACCUUCAGGAAAUAAUUUCUCAAAAGAUGAUGACACAAAAAUCUAAAUAAGUAUGGAUGCAAUUCCUUGAAAAUACUGGAAGAAUAACAUAAGAAACUGGAUAUUCUAGAAGCCAAAUGACAUAAAGGGAUUUAAGAGUUGGGAAUAUAAUGUUUCCAUCCAUAUUGUGCCAUUUUCUUUCUUUUCUAGAUCUCCACUGUUUAUUAUAGAAAACAGGAUUAUAAAACACCUAUAAAACUAUAUAUAUCUAUAAACUGCUACUGAAAAUGUGGGAAUAAUAUUUCACAUUGGAAAUGGGAUUUUGCUAAAAUUCUGUUCAAGUAAAAAGCCAUCUGAUAUUAAUUCAAAAUUAGUUUUUAGUUAUUAGAAGCUCUUCCCUAAUAUUAAGGAAACUAUGGAAGAUUAUUUAAUAAUUGUAAGUAAGGGGAAUUUAUGUAUAAAAUGUAAAUAUUUUAAAUUUAAUCUUUUUAUUGACUACUUUAGUACUAUUUUGUAAAGUUUCAAAUAUUAUAUAAAUCAGUUUGAUAUGUAAAA